AUGAGGGAUCCGAGGAACGCCUGGUCCAUCCGAUCAAAACUAGCAGUAGCCACGAUCAUCAAUUUCGGGAUGGAACUAGAGUGCGGGGAGUCCAUAAACGGGCAAGAGAAUGACUGCAUGGACAACGGAACGGUCAAGAAACCGGAAUUCUACUUCUCGACUUUGGAAUACAACGUCGUAUCCCUCCACUUCGUUUCGACCGGAGCUUUCGGUGAAUUCCAUAUGCCUGCUGGUACCCAUCCUGGGUGUUAA